AUGUCGAACCAGAGCAACGGUGACACCAAACCCCCAUGUUUACCCCGGAACGGGCUAGUGAAAAUCCCCGCCCAGGCCAAUGGACUCGGCUCCGCCAGCAUCACCAAAGGGACGCCCGCAAUGAAAAACCGCUUGUGCCAGCCUUCUUCUGUGCCUGCCAUCAUCAGUCCAGCCUUAGCCAAUCACAGUGACUUGCCCAUGCCCAGCCUGGCUUCGCCGCUAUCCUUGGCCGCGCUAUCCGGGGCGCCGUCACCUUCUGGGGCCGCUGUGGUGGGACUCCACUCCAGCGAGAUCUCCCCGACCAACGGGGAAGUCUCCUCCCUAGAGGGGUUCCCCAAUUCCCCUGCCGAGAGGCAACUGGCCGUGGACGAGAAGAUCCUCAACCGCCUCUUUUGGUACUUCUCCGCCUGCGAGAAGUGUGUCCUGGCCCAGGUGUGUAAAGCGUGGAGGAGGGUCUUGUACCAGCCCAAAUUCUGGGUGGGCCUGACGCCAGUGCUGCACACCAAAGAGCUCUACAACAUCCUGCCCAACGGGGAGAAAGAGUUUGUCAACCUCCAAGGGUUCGCCGUCAGGGGCUUUGACGGUUUCUGCCUGGUCGGAGUCUCUGACCUGGACAUUUGCGAGUUCAUCGACAACUACCCUUUGUCCAAGAAAGGAGUGAAGUCCGUGAGCCUUAAGAGAUCGACCAUCACAGAUGCGGGCCUUGAGGUAAUGUUGGAACAGAUGCAGGGCGUGAUGCGGCUGGAGCUGUCCGGAUGCAACGACUUCACCGAGGCGGGGCUGUGGUCCAGCCUGAACGCCCGCAUCACGUCCCUGAGCGUCAGCGACUGCAUCAAUGUGGCCGACGACGCCAUCGCCGCCAUCUCCCAGCUGCUGCCCAACCUGACCGAGCUCAACCUGCAGGCCUACCACGUGACGGACACGGCCCUGGCCUACUUCACCGCCAAGCAGGGCUACACGACCCACACCCUCCGCCUCAACUCCUGCUGGGAGAUCACGAACCACGGGGUAGUCAACAUGGUGCACAGCCUCCCCAACCUGAGCACCCUCAGCCUCUCCGGCUGCUCCAAGGUGACGGACGACGGCGUGGAGCUGGUGGCGGAGAACCUCCGCAAGCUCCGCAGCCUGGACCUCUCGUGGUGCCCUCGGAUCACGGACAUGGCUCUGGAGUACAUCGCCUGUGACCUGCACAAACUGGAGGAGCUGGUGCUUGAUAGGUGUGUACGGAUCACCGAUACUGGACUCAGCUACCUGUCCACGAUGUCCUCCCUUAGGAACUUAUACCUCCGCUGGUGCUGCCAGAUUCAAGAUUUUGGCCUGAAGCACCUGCUGGGAAUGAGAAGUUUACGGCUCUUGUCUCUUGCUGGCUGUCCUCUGCUGACGACCACUGGACUCUCGGGCCUUGUCCAGCUUCAAGAGCUGGAAGAGCUGGAGCUGACGAAUUGUCCCGGGGCCACCCCUGAGCUCUUCAAGUAUUUUUCCCAGCAUCUGCCACGCUGCAUGGUGAUCGAAUAAGCAGCUCCUCGGAAGAAUCUGACCGACUUCUGGAGCCGUUGUGCUCCAAUCCCAA